GCGCGCGAUGACGUCGUAGAGAGUAACAACAUCACAGAGAUAAGUAAUGACGUCACAGAGGGCGAGCAGUAUAAAUGAUCAGGAACGCUGAAGGUGUGUUCAGUAGUUUACAGCAGCAGACAGAAAUUAUUCUUGAUAUCUGCAAUCAACAACUGAGAUGGAUCAUAACAGAUCUACAACUGAUCCCAGUAAAGAACAAAGCAGUACAGGAGAGGGCGACGUCCUGCACUGUAAUAAAUACCUGCUUGAUGAUCAGAAGCUGAUGUUCCCUGGUCCUCUGAUGAGUGAUAAGAUGAAGAAGGACGAGCUGAUGAGGUUCAUCCAGGAGAAAUGUCAGGAGUGUUUGCUUCGUGUGGAUGAACCUGAGCAGCAGAAUUGUUAUUACUUCUGGCUGAUUUUUGAAGCUUUUUGUGAUGGAAAUGCUAAAGUAACGAUGGCUGACAUCGGCAGGAUCCUCCUCAAGGGCCACGAGUGUGUGAGGGAAAAGAUCAGUCACAUGAAGAACGUGGAGAACUGGUGUCUUACACCAGCCAAGCUGUUGUGCUCAGAUGCUCCAGAAGAUGAUCAGAAAAAAGAUAUCGUUAAAAUGGGAAAUGAUUUCGCUUCCAGAGGAUGGACAUAUGCAGCACAUCUCUGCUAUGUGGUAGCAAAAGUGAAGCUGGGAUCACGUGACGGAUUUGAUCUGAUUGGCUGUGAAUGUCCCCCAGACAGUAAAGCAGCCACCAGGGAAGCGAUUGAAAGGACUGAGGUCUAUGAGUAUGUGCUGUAUUUGACCUCAGGUUUCGGACAAACACACUUCCAGGAGUUCAAGUGCCUUCACACCUUUGAGCUGGCCGAAGCUGGUUUUUCUGCCCAGGCACUGGAUUACUGUAAAAGCAUCGCUACGACCUGCUCCAGAGACUUUCAGCCCAUCGAUAAACGACUGAUUGAACUCGCUAUAUCUCUUUCUGGGCAGCUAAACACAGGGAAAGAAAAACAUGAAUGGCUGAACAAACUUCACCAGCUAAACAAUGCCACACUAUCAACUGAUGAGGAGCAGUCCAGCUCAUGUUCUUCUGAGAAUCAAGACUUUUACUGCUUGAUGGAGGAGCAUCUCACACCCACUAUAUACAACUAUCCAAAAUAUGAGGAAAAAGAUUUCGGAUACACUAUCAAACAUGAGCUGGGACAUGGAUCUUUUGCUACAAUCUACAGUGCAGUGUGUAAAGCAGAUGGGAGGCUGGUUGCUAUUAAAUGUGUGACCAGACAUCCAUAUGACAAAUUCAUCACUAUUCCCGGACAGACCGUCCCCCUGCCUGUUGAGGUGGCAUUAAUGGAGAUGAUGUCUAAGCCGACUUGCUGUAAGAACGUGGUGGAGCUGUUGGAAUGGUUCGAGUCACCUGCUUACUUCUACUUGGUAAUGGAGUAUCCCGUCCCCUGCAUGGAUCUGUGGAGAUUCCUGAAAAAAAACAAAUAUACACUACAUGAACCACUGGCUCGGAAAAUCAUGCUGCAAGUGGUUCAGGCUGUUCUUCAGUGCUGCGAACGUGGAGUUCUUCACCGAGACAUCAAAUCCCAGAAUGUUCUGAUCAAUACGGACACUUUGGAGGUGAAGCUGAUUGAUUUCGGAUGUGGUGAUCUGCUGAAGGAUGAGCUGUACACAUACAUCGCAGGUACACCGAGUAUCUGGCCGCCCGAGUGGAGGCUUGACACAGGGUAUUUUGGCAUCUCUGCUACUGUCUGGAGUCUGGGUGUCCUGCUGUAUCAGGUGGUUUGUGGUGAUAUGCCCUUUGAGGAAGAUGAAAUUGCUGAUGGGUUUCUGUCCUUUGGCCCUGAUCUGUCUACUGACUGCUGUCAACUGAUAAAAUGGUGCUUGGAAACAAACCCUUACAAUCGACCGUCUUUAAAAGAAAUCUUGAACCACAAAUGGUUCAGGGAUGGACUUUUAGAGGACACGGUCCCGCUGAAAGCCAAUAUCCAGUGUUGAUCAGUGGUUCAUCUCAAGAUUUUUUCCUCAAAUUAUCGAGAGUUUUUUCUUGUUACUGUUGAGAUUGAUUUACUCAUUACGGAUUUCAUCUACAACCAGAGUUGAGUCUAAAACUGUAGUGAAUGAACGGAUGGCUUGAUUAACAAAUAAAUCAAUAAAAGCUAUUGGAA